AAGCAGCUUUGAUAAAGAUUUUAAAAACAAAUAAACCCAUUAUCAGCUUAAAUUUAAGUUAUAAUCGUCUUGAAAUGGGAAAAAAUUUAAAUACUAGUGAGAACCGCCUUGCUGAUUUAGAAUUAAGUAAUAAUAUUUAUAAACAAAAUUGUGUAGAAGGAAAAGCUUUAUUUGGGGACGCAUUGCAAGAAAAUAAAACACUUAAAAGAUUGGAUCUCAGCCUCAAUUAUAUUCAUCUUGAAGCUGGACGAAAGUUAUUUAAAGCUUUAAAGUGCAAUCAAAUCGCUUCCGAAAUGGGAGAAGAUUUAUUAAAAGCUUUAAAAGAUAAUUCAAUAGUAUUUUUAGUAGAAGCUUUAGAAGAAAAUAAAUCUCUUGAAGAGUUGGAUUUGAGCCACAUUGUAGAAGUUGGGGAAGUGGGAAAAGAAUUGAAAAAUUCAUUGGAAAAAAAAUCGAAAAUUCAAAAUUUUAAAUUUAAGUCGCUGUUAUCUGCAAUAAAGGCUCUGGAAAAUGCUUUACUGAAAGAUUAUACUAUUUCUAAUUUAUGA